AUGGGCACAAACGGAAGGAGUCUGAAAUUCCUCUUCAUAUAUUCGACUCUGGCCCUUCUCGGACUACCAAACUUGUCCAACGGACAAUCCUGCAGCUUCCCCGGAUCUCCAGCUCAUAGUCACGUCACAUUCUCAGAUGAGAGUCUGUCGAAUGGUGCUGUGGCCUCAUAUUCGUGCGAGCGAGGUUUCGAGCUCCUCGGACCAGCGCGGCGUGUUUGUGACAAUGGAAAUUGGGCACCCGAAGGCAUUCCAUUCUGCGUGCUGAAUGUGGCGGCUGGCAAGGCGCCAAUGCAGAUCUCUACGGAUGGCUCGGGCAUCCCGCAGAAGGCCAUUGAUGGAUCCACAUCAGCCUUCUUCCAGGCCGACACGUGCUCACUCACAAAGCCCGAACGGCAGCCGUGGUGGUACGUGAAUCUCCUGGAGCCAUACAUGGUUCAGCUGGUGCGUCUGGACUUUGGGAAAUCGUGCUGCGGUAACAACAAACCAGCCACAAUUGUUGUCCGUGUAGGAAACAAUCGACCUGACUUAGGCACCAAUCCCAUCUGUAAUAGAUUUACGGGAGCUCUGGAAGAGGGUCAGCCGCUCUUUCUGCCCUGCAAUCCACCCAUGCCAGGAGCGUUCGUGUCUGUCCACCUGGAAGUCGGCAGUCCCAGUGCUUUGUCCAUCUGUGAAGCUUUCGUGUACACAGAUCAGGCUUUGCCCAUUGAGAGGUGUCCUGUGUUUAGAGAUCAGCCUCCAGGAGCGUCAGCUUCCUACAAUGGCAAGUGUUAUGUUUUCUACAAUCGCCAACCACUCAACUUCCGCGAGGCUCUAGCUUUCUGUCGGGCCAGAGGAGGCACCCUGAUCAAUGAGAGCAACCCAGCGCUUCAAGGAUUCAUCAGUUGGGAACUCUGGAGGCGACACAGGAGUGAUGCGUCCUCUCAAUACUGGAUGGGUGCUUUGAGAGACGCCAAAGAUAGGAACACGUGGAAGUGGCUGGGCGGAGAGGACGUUACGGUGUCCUUCUGGAAUCUACCAGGAGGCGAUGAGGACUGUGCCAGGUACGAUGGCUCCAAAGGAUGGCUCUGGAGUGACACGAACUGCAACACUCCGCUCAAUUUCAUUUGUCAGCACCAGCCAAAGGCUUGUGGCAGACCAGAACAGCCUCCCAAUUCCACAAUGCUGGCGGUGAGAGGCUACGAAGUUGGUGCCACUGUGGACUAUGGCUGCGAUGAGGGGCACCUUCUGGUAGGCCCGGCAAGUCGCACAUGCCUUGAGACGGGAUUUUACAAUGAAUUCCCGCCAGUUUGCAAGUACAUCGAGUGCGGACUGCCCGCAUCAAUCUCUCAUGGAGCGUAUGAGCUGAUCAAUGGCACUGUUGGCUAUCUCAGCAAUGUGAUCUACCAGUGUGCCGAAGGAUUUGAGUUAGUGGGCAGAGCAGCUCUCACAUGUGACAUUGACGAGCGCUGGAAUGGACCGCCGCCGAGAUGCGAGCGCAUUGAGUGCGAUGUCCUGCCGGCAUCACAUCAGAAUGCCAAGUUCAUCACACCCAAUGGAACAUUCUAUGGCUCAAGGGCGGAUGUUGUCUGUCCACGAGGAUAUAGAUUAGAAGGUUCUCCUCAACUCACGUGCCUGGCUACUGGACAGUGGAGUCAUCCGCUGCCCUCGUGCGUGCGUGAAGAAGUGUUAAUCACCACUCUUCCGCCAACCACAAACUACCGCACACGACAGCCGUCCAGCUCAAGACGUCCGUCCAGGCCUUCAUCCCGCUUUACCAGCACCGUGCCUCCGCCGACACCCACUCCAUCUGUCACCAUCAUUACUGAACGUGUAGUGGAGGAGGACAAUGAGAUUGCCGUGCCAGGAACUGUCCGGGAAGAGAGCAUUCCCAGGCGCACCAUCAGACCAAUAAGUCCAAAUAAUGGUCACGCGGCUCCUGAAACCACUCCACCAGCUCCUCCACGAGUCGUCCCGCUCGAUUACUCCACCACGAGGAAUCCGCAGCUGAUCAUAAAUGCAGCUCACCCGCAAGACAACCAGAUCGCCGGCAGUGUUAAUAUCAGAAAUGAUCAAUCGCCAAAUGUAAAUGUACCACUUCCUGUGGAGAAUGAUCAACGAGAGACGCACAGCGCCAAGUUGAACUUGGGUGCAAUUGUAGCCUUGGGCGCCUUCGGAGGAUUCGUGUUCCUGGCCGCCGUAAUCACUACUAUCGUCAUCCUGGUUCGGAGAAAUCGGACCACUCAGCAUUACAGGCAUCGAGCAUCGCCAGACUGUAACACGGUUGCUUCCUUUGACUCCUCGAGCUCAGAGUCGAGAAAUGGCCUCAACAGGUACUACCGCCAGGCGUGGGAAAAUCUGCACGAGUCCGCAUCCAAGAGUGGUAAUCAUAGUCCGCUGCGGCGAAAAGAGACCCUCGAUCAGCAGCACAUCAGUCGCUCGCGCGACAACCUCAGUCGCUCCAGGGACAAUCUCGAGCGCGUGACGCGAGAUCUGGACCGCGCCAGGGAUUACGGCAGGGACAGCCUGGGUCUCCGCGAUGGCUCUGAGAUGGUCGUGUCGGACGUGUGCGUGAAGGGAGAGAAAAAGCGUCACCACCACCAUCAUCACAAGAGCAGUCAUCGCGGCGGGGAGUUCAGAGACCCUCAUCUGGUGGCCAACGGUCGCCGUGAGCACCGCCACAACGGCUACUGACCCACGAUGGUUAUCACCGUGAGUCUGGACGACGAGUGUCAGCAGCGCUGCGGACAGUGGAGGAUCCCCAUCUAGGCCC